CUUCGAGAGAAGAUGGCGUCUUCAAGUAAUCAAGAAGAAGGUAAGGCUAGCAGAAAACAUGGUUUUUACGGGGAUGAUUGUUUUACAGAUACAUUAAAAUAACUCCGAGGUUGGUUAUUGUGAGAAUAAAACCCCACAAAGGCGAAUUCUGUCCUUCUCUUCAUUCAAAGUCUUGCUUGAAAGUAGGCCCGCCAAAAUUCGUUGUCGCGUCACUACAAGAAGAAACCGAAUUUUGUUGCCAAAGAAUUCUUAUUUUUCAUGUGAAAAAAGAUUUCUCUUAGCUAGUCGAAUGUUUCAAACCAUUUUCUGUGGUUGUCAAUUGUCGCAGCCAAAAUGAGAACGAGGUAAAUUUCGGUAAAACCAUGAAUUCUUGCACACCGUGGAAAGCCAUGUGGCGGAUUGAAGUGUUUGUCGUUUUGGGAGGGUCAGCGGGAUUGUGUGGAAGAUAAAUUGCGAUUUCCGCUGACCUUCCAGUAGAUUUCUCUAACUUUCUAUUUUUCCCUGAAGGAAAUGUCAAUCUGGAAAGUUCUGCAGGGAAUUGCAACGGUUUUGAAGCGGUUAUAACUCCGUUUUGUCUUGAAAUUUGCAUGUAAACCAAACCGACAACGGGAAAGCGACGCCGCCAUAUUUUACCUUUGUUUCACUUACUCAACGCGUUUAUUCGUGUUUUGUAGAGUUUGCUAUGAGUCAGCGAAAGGAAGCGUUUGAAUAACGUAGUUUGCUAUAAAUCUUGCUAGAAUCUAAAUUUCCUUUUUGUCCAGUUUUUUGUUAAAGUCGUUUUCGUAUCUUGUGUUUAAUUUCGUUUUCCACGAGUUGUACAUGCGGUCAAGAAAUUAUAAAUUCAGCUUGCGAAAGCUUGUUCCUUGUAAGAUCGUCCCGGGCUAGAGGCGUUGGAUCUUGAAGCAUGACCCUGCUUUUACUGUUAAUUUCCGGAAAAAUCGGUAGCUUCAGUCAAGAAGCAGAUUCAAUGUUUCAUAAUCGUUGUUUUCGGGCAAAUGUUUGUUGAAAAAGAGAAAUGUACAUGCAAGCUUAAAUGUUCAUCACUCGUGUCCGUACGAUGGAGUGAGUUGGAAGUUCAAUUUUCCACUUCGAUUGAUAAAUUUUUUCCAUCUCGCUUUCUUGUGCUAAAAUGGCCAUUUAAAAACCUUUUACAGUGUAUAAAAGCGUUUACACAUAGAACUGACUGCCUCCUAAUAUAAAGAAUAUAUAUAUGUAUCUGUUAAAUUAUCAGCGGUGUGUAAAAUCUGCAUCAAAAUCCUGAGGAUUUAGUGUUUUAGAUCUUUGCAUUUCCUUGCUUUGCUUGACAUAUUGUGGCGUGAUAAGUUUAAGAACUUCUUAGGUAAAAAGAUCAUGAUUUACAAUCACUACUGUGAAUUGAAUACAAUAAAAAUACAGUGUAGGAUCAAAAAUUUCAUUUCAUUUUUCCCAUCGAACCUGCUACAGCAGUCUGUCUCUUGAGUCUGAAUUAUCAGUCCUUGUCAUAUUUUCCAUAUCUGUGAACUUUUUGUUAUCUAUUUGACUGAAUGCCUGCACCUUGAAAACAAUUUUUGGCUUAAAAGUUGUGUCACUCCUAUUCAGUGCAAGGCUAGCAGAUAACCUCAAUCCAGUGUUCUUUAAAGUUUCUUGUAAAUUUUGUCAUUUUAAGUUGUGUUCCCCAGUGAUUCAUCUAUGUUUUUUGAGUAAUAAUUAUUUACAUGUGUCAUAUAGAGCUAUGGCGGGUUUCUAGGAAGCAGAAAAGGUAUUUUCUUACCCUGUUAUUUUUCUAGCAUAGAAGGUCAGUAGGACUAACAAGACAAAGCAACUCUUAACUUUUGACUGGUCAACACCCAUGUCCCCAUGGUGUGCGAAGAACAUAAUUUCCUCACUACUCACAUUUGCUACAAUAAUUUAAUAAAUCCCUUUGAUUUCACUUUUUCACCUAUAAGAGUUCCAGAUUUGCCAAAUUAAACCAAGUUUCCAAAUUGUGAAGAACCAUUGGCACCAUAAUAUGAAAGCACUACUGAACAGGUUCCAUUUGAUUUGUUACACCAAAUGAUUGUGUACAGACAUGAAAUUUAUGUUACAGGUCAAAAUAAUUAUUAUAUUCAGGCUGAAAUUUUUUAACCCAGGUUGAUUCUCAGUUUCCUUUGUCUCCUAGCCCUGAUUCAUGAAUAAUUAGGGCUAGUAGACAAAGGAAAUUGAGAAUCCGUCAACCCAGGUUAAAAUAUUUUAUUAAUUUAACGUGAAUUUAAUUUUGACCUGUGACAUCUACAUUAAUUCUGCGUCCCUGAAAUGAGACUUGUGAAUUAUUGGCAUAUGGCCAGCCUACCCUGUAGUCAAAAUGUUUUACAGCAGUACAACCUGUAGGCAGGAUAACUACAGACACUACAGUAGCAGCCAGCAAAGUCCUAAAAUUUGUGUGGUUUUCUUUCAAUAAUGAUUUUUAAAUCUAAGUGUUGAGUAGGUGGAAAAUAAUUAUUGCACUGGGAGUUGCAUAGUUGCUGGCUGCCAGAUCAUUAUUGGGCCGCCUACAGUAAAGCCCAAUCAAAAAAUGAGCACCCUUUCCUGUGCAGUAAAAAGGCAAUAGAAAAUGGAUCAAAUUGCAUUUCCCACCUCUCCUCCCCUGGGUGGAGGAUUGAGGAAGAGAAAUUUUCCUGAACACCAAACAGCCAAAUACUCUUAAGUUUAAUAAUUAGGGCUAGGAAACUGAGCGAACUUCAGAGUCCAUUACACUGGCAUUUGGCGUUGUGCAAAUACUCUUGACAUACAGUGUAUUAAAGAUUUGCCGGUGAUCAAACUCAAAUCAAAAUAAUAGUGCUAGCACAACUACACACUCCAGCUUCAGCUCUCAGGUCUUACCAAACAAUUUCUUCCUUCAAGGCCUUUGGAAUAGGACAAAAAGAAACUAUUCAAGGGCAAAUAGUAUUUUUAUUUUAUUUUAUUUACAUUUUCCUGCUCUGAUGUUGAGCACAAGUUUUAACAGAAAGCCAAUCAAACGUGAAGCAUGCAUCCAUGCAGAUAUUUCUGGGGUCAUUUCACAUUUAUUUCACAGUUGUGAAGACCUUCCAUGAACUUGAAUAAGGUUAUUUACUUUAUCCAAGAUUUGGAAAAUAUGGGGAAGAGGAGGAUAAUUGAAUUUUUAAAUUAUACACAAAAGUUAGUGGACUAAAAAAGUAAUUGACAGUUCAGAGGUCUCAGUCUAGACCGACAGCUCUGCUUUCCUUUAUCAAGAUUUUACAAAAUGUUUAGGUAUGUAUCUUAAGAAAUGUCAUGUCAUGGAAGCGCCAGAAUGUCUGGCUCAAAGCUAAUAUAGAGAAAUGCUACUUUGAAAGAGUGUAUAACUGCCAACUCUCACGCCUUAGGCGUGAGUCUCACGCCUGCGGGUUGAAAACUUCGAUCUCACGCCUGCUCACGCCUGCGGGCCAAUUUCUCACGCCUGAUUGAAAAAUGUGAGUUGUUGCCGUCCUGCUUGACACAAUUUCCAAAAAUAUGUUAACUCAGACCCAUGUAAGGAACGGAAACCAUGUGUAAAAUGAAUAAAUGGCAAUACCUUCCUCGCCAUCUCUGAUUUUUGAAGUGAAAAGCACUGGGAGCGAGCUCGCCUUUGGCAGACUUCGGACGUCUUCGGAAGACUUCGGACUUCUUCGGGAAUCUUCGGAAAUGAUCGUGUCGUCUUCAAAAAUCCCACCACUCCCAGGAUAAAAAUCUCACGCUUAUAUCUCAGAAAAAGUUGGCAGGUAUAAGAGUGUGCAUAUAUCUGUGGCAAAUUUUCUCAAGAGUAAUUUUUGUAACCAUUUGAUUAUUAAUUUACUGCAUUCAUGCCUGUCCCCCUACCCUUAUUGUCAGAGACUUUUCACGUGCAGUUUCCAGUUCAGUCAAGUCUCUAUCAUAAUCGCCACAUGCAAGAAAAAGCCUCUGGUAUCCAGAGUACAUCCCCCGGGCAUUUGUCACAAUAGGUUCCUCUGUCUUCUCCCUAAAAUCUUCUUCAGAGAAUCUUCAAAGGCCGUGGUUACAUUUUUGCUAGCUUAUAAUAUUCUGUACGGGCGGCAUUAUUUGAACAGAAAGUGAAGGCUUUUCAAAUCUCUACUUUCUUUAACUACGACUAGAAUUUUUAAAAUGGGGGACAAUUUUAUCCUCCCACACAGACAUUCUUUUUGGCUCGUCACGCAAUGGGGAAGAAACGUGUGAUGAAGCCUUAGGCCGGUAGGCUAGGAUAUAUUUUUGGUGCAGCAAGACAAAUUGUCCUGCAAGCUGCCAGCCCAAUGUAGAUGUGUGACAAAUCUAGUCUCCUGAUCUCAUAGACAGAUAAUUUUGCAUAAUUGUUUUAAAAUUUAUUAGCAGCCAAAGAGGUGUUAACAGAAAAGGCAGCAGAUUUAAGUGAAGGAGCAACAGAUAAUGGGCCUUCAGAGUCAGCUCUUAAGGAAAAUGAGUUAACUGUUGAACAACAACAAGUGUUACCAAUACCACCAGCAGAAGAGAAUUCCCAAAACUCAGCUACCACAGAAAAUCAGCAGGUGAGAGGGAUUAUCUAGCACAUAUCCUGAGUUGUUACAGCUUAACUGGCCAUAUUGUUAAAGCAUCCCAUCUCUUUUUCUCUGAAAACUCGUAAUAAUGCUGGUAAUGUAUAUAAUUUUUACGCAGGCCAUCCACAACGAAAGACACUUUUUACAAACUACUAUGGAUCCAGUGUAAUAGCUGAUAAUGAUUGGCCAUACUACUGUAGACUUCUGUUUCCCCACAAUAUGAUUUUUUUAUUUGAUUUUUUUUUUUGCUAACACUGAGUCAAUUCAGAGAACAAAAAAGAAUGUUGCUACAGUGUAUUAAAUCUUGCAAAACAAUCAAAAUCAACGAGGCAACAACAAACAACUGAAAGGUUAUUAAAGUUUCUUUUAGCAGCACUGUAGUACUAUCUCUUGUUGUCAGUCAGCAGUCAGUUUGGUUGCUCAAGUGCAGUCAGCCUUGUUUGCACCAGCUCCAUGUCCUUAGUACAGCAUUUUCCUGAUGGCCUCAUGUUUCAUUUAGCCUUUGGAUUGUCCUUUUACCCCACCCCUCGGGCCUUAUUUUUUCACUGAAAAUCAGUGUGACAGGUGCCUGGUUCCAUUGGCCUGAGAGCUGAUAGCUGAAAGGCUUGGGUUUACCAGCCAUGGGCCAAGACUUUGUCUUGUGAGUUGGCUUUGCCUAAAGUGGAAGCACCCACCUCCACUAAGCAAUGCAGUUGUUUUAAAGCAUGGUGUACUAAUCUUCCUCUUUUUUGUCUAGGAUGCUGGCCAAGUAACUGCAGAGUCAAAUGUGUUGCCACAACAGGAAGACUCAGCUUCGGCAAAUGACUCUGAGUCACAACAGCCUCAAACCUUGUAUGUAGCCAUUCAGCCAGGGGCUGAGUCUGGGCAGGGGGAUCAGCCAGCAGUGUAUCUGGAGGUGGUCGAAGCAGGUAGUGGCACGGAGGUCACCUCUAGUGAUGGGCAGGUUAAUCUGGUUCAGGAGGAGAUGGUUAUUGAUAAUGGUAAACAAGCUUGUAUAGUGAGUGUGUGUCAUAAAUUUGUGGUUGUUGAACUAUGGUGAAUUUUUAGGGUGCUUUCCUAUUAUAUGGAGAAUUUGAUAAUACAGUCGAACCACCCAUAAGUGACCCCGAAAAUGCAGGGCUGUAAAAAAGUUUUAAGUAGCGCAGGCUGAUAAUAAAUAGUAGGCAGCUUUGGAACUCACACCAAAAGCACAAGUUCUUGAGGGCUGAGGCCUCUAAGGACAUUUUAUUAGAGUCUCGGAAAUGUCCUAGACGUUCCACAACAAUGCACUGUUCUAAUGUGUCAAAGAUCUAAUCCUGUUUAAAUAUGUGUUCAAUGUUAUUCAAAACUGGGAAACAAGUGGUGAAGGAGAUGAAAGUAGCCAGCUAAGGAUGGCUAACUAGCCUGCAGUUUUGGCUGGCUACCAGCCCUUAUUGACAGCCCUGAAAAUGUGAAGACUUGUUGGUCGCUUAUGGGAGGUGGUCAUUUACAAGAAUCAAACCACAGGGGGUCUCUUCUGAGAAAAGGUCUGGAUAGAUCAAUUUUAUGAAAGAUAAUUCAUUGCAUGCAAUUUCCAACCUGCAAUAUGUGUAAUUCCAAGUCGUCGCUAAAAGUGCUUCGUAAUCUCUAAGUAGCAGUGUACAUAAAGAACACAUAGAAAUCAGACCAUUCAUCAAGUGGUCAAUUGGUUAUGCUCAGUUAUGCAAACCCUCGACUUCGUCUCGGGUUUGCAUAACUGUCUCGAAUUCUCCCAACCCCUCUUGUGUUUAUAUCAGGCUAUGCAAACACGGAAAACGUUUUCUAUUGCUUAAUUUUUUCAUCUUUUUCCCAUUUUCAAUAGCAUCGACUACAGAAGUAACUACUAUUCCAACAUCAGUUCUAAACCAAGUAAUGGACCAAGCAACAUUGUCAACAAUGCAGGCUGAGAUGAUAGCUGUUCAGGUCCUUUCCCAGUCUGCCACAGGUGACAUUCAGUAUCUUCAACACCAGUCUCCAAGGUUCAUUCCUAUUGUCACAUCAGCAGACCCCAGUACUCUUAACUCACUUCAAGCCACUCUCAGUCAAAUGCCACUUGCUACCUUGCAGGUGAGAAUGAUGGAUGCCUCAAUGUUGUGUUUGAAAUUACUUGAGUUAAAAGGGUUGAGGAAAUGAUAGAGAAGUCAAGGCCUGGAAAAAAGUAUAUGCUCUUCAGCUUUAAUUAACUGCUACAUUUUGAUUCUUCAUCCCAAUUUCCUCAGUUUAGCUUGGGGAAGUAAGGGGAUUUUGCAAAGGUCAAGUCAAGAGCCUUUUGUCACACUCUCUCAUACAGAAAGUCUAUCUGUAACUCAAUUAUUACAACAUCCAAAAGAUAACAGGCAAGUCAUGGGUUCUGUCCUACUGAGGAAUCACUUUUUCUAUUCUCAAUGCUCAUUCAUUUGAAGUUUUCAACAGUUGCAGACAUAAAGUUGUUUAGUGCAUUUUGUUGCAUUUAAAGUGUAACACAUGGCUUCAAAAAGUCAAAUUGUUGUUGCUUUCUAGAUAAGCCCCUCUCAGCCAGGCGCAACAACCCAGACCAUCCAAUUACCUGGUGGCCAAACCAUUCAAGUGCCACUAAGUGUCACUCAGAUGUCGCCUUUAACAUCAGCAACAACUGACUCUGGAGCGGUGCCAUCAUCAGGAGUCACUACAACAACUACUGAAGCUAUAAUUGCUGCUGCAACCAGUGCCGAGGCUGCAGCUGCUGUCGCUCAGGAGCAAGGAGCCACUCUCGUCACUGUUCACCCAGCGGUGAUUGAGGCACCAGUAGAUGUGGCAGAAGGGCAGGCAAAUGAGGGGGAGGAAGUUGAGGGUGAUGGUAUGUGUUUAGAUGAAUAUUACAAGAAUUUUCUGAGAGCAGUGUACAGUUAAGUGUUAUGAAUGUCUUCAGUGAACAGAUCUUUAGUUCCAACAGCCUGACCAGAAUUUUCCCUCAAUACUGCGAUUUUAAUGCUGUUCAUCAGGAAACAUUCAGUUUAAUAGUGCCCAACAUGUAAUUUACUGAGGAUCAGAUUUCCUCAGAAGAAGUCCUGGUAGCAGGUAGUCAAACAUAAGAAAGGUUACAGUAUCCUGCUGCACAAGUUUGUUGAAAAAUUUACUGGUAUUAAAUUUGAUAACUUAUGUUUAAUUCAAUUUUUUGUUGAUUUAACAAAGUGCAGCUAACAUUACUUACCUUAAUGACCAAUUCUUUCUCCCCUUUUACUAAAUCUUGAAUCCCAACACGGAAUGAUACAGUGUCACAAACAAUGAGAUGGGCCAUUUAGGACUUGCCAUAAAUACAUGGAGGAUUUGGCCUUCACAUUGAGUCUCCUUUGUUUUAGUGUUCAGAUUAUCGAGAGUGAAUUCCAGUAAUGAAUUUUUUCCUCAUUGCAGAUGAUGGCAAGCCAAAAUACACAUGUGAGAUAUGUGGAAAAUCUUACAUUCGUUCAUGGUCAUAUUACGGUCACAUGAGAGAACAUGCAUCUGGGGAGAAACAGCACAAGUGUGAAGUAUGUGGCAAGAUCUUUAACUAUGCAAGCAAUCUUCGCCAGCAUAUGCUCAUACAUACAGGUAAUUUUGAUCAGGGCUUUAUGUAAAGAUAGUAAGUAGGCUGUACUUAAAGAAAAACUGAAGGGAGCUUCAUACUCUGAACCUGUGAAAUGCAGGUGCCCAGUGUAUAAUUUCUAUAAAAUAACUAGUAAGAUUUCUUAGUUGCCUGAGAGCAAAAGUUAGAUGUGAGGGACUCCUGUGAGCUCACAAAAAGGUAGCUGCACAACAGUGUAUCUUUAACCUCUUGAUAACAAGGCUAACCUAAUUUGUGUAAAACAUGUGGUAGUUUUUUCAUCAUUUCUGCAUAAGUAUCUGUUCUGCUUCAUCAUGUGUCGUAAGACUUUUGUUGCAUUUUGCUGUAACAGUCCAGAGGCUUGUCAUGUCCCUGCUAUUGCUUAAUUUGGCUGUGUGUGAGGUUGCAGGUGUAGCCCCUUGCUGCCCACUGAUCUUGAACAUAACUUGUGAUCAAGAGUAAUGGAAAAUGUUACAUCUGCCAAGUUAAUUUAGGAGAACAGACUUUGGUGACAUUAGAGGUGGGAUGAUAAUAGCCUGAUGCAUGUAUUUUAUUACAGGUGAGAAGCCCUAUGAGUGUGAGUACUGUGACAAGGCAUUCAAUAACCCCAGCUCCCUGCGAUCUCAUGUUCUGUCACAUUCAGAGGACAGGCCUUACAUCUGUGAUCAUGAGGGUUGUGGCAAAGCUUUCAAUAACCCUGGAUCACUCAGGUAAUAUAUUCUGCGUGAAUUUUCAAGGUUUUUUUCAUAUCUAUUUUGUUAAGUUAAUGCAGUUUACCAGAUAAGAGAAUUCGUUGUAAUGUUUUCAAAUCUGUUUUACGAAAGGUGUUGUUGUUCUUGCCUGCGUCGCAGAUGCUCUAAGCCUUCUGUAUAGAGCUAUACAAAGGGUUUAGACGAGUGGGUGGGCUGGCUGCAACCCAGGCUAUUGUUGUUCCAGCAAAUAUCCAUACUCCCCCAUCGCUGUUUUGGGGGGAUUUAUCCCCCCCCCCCCCACCACUUCCACUACCACCCCACCACCCACGUAUCUGGAAAGUCCAGUUUUGCUUCACACUCUCCUUUAAGAAUUUUGGUCUUAAAAGCCCCUCACUUUCUGAAUGUCCAACAACCCUCCAUGGGGUGGAUAUGAAUAUUUUGUGGGAGCACACAUUCUUCCCUGUACACCUUCACUACCAAACGACAGUGGCAGCAAUUCAGAGCAUUUUUUCGCAGCCUUGGUGCACAUAACGAAAAGAGUUUUAUCACAUGGUUUAAAAUAUUCAUCUUACAUAUUGGCAGGGUUCAUCGUCGAGUGCAUCAGGAGGAAAAGCCCCACAAAUGUGACGUGGCGGGCUGUGACAAAGCCUUCAAGACACCAGCUGAACUAUCACGCCAUGCAUUCAGACACACUGGAGAAAAACCCCAUAAAUGUGAUCAAUGUGAUAAAGCUUUUAUUAGAUAUGAUGACCUCAAGCGACAUUACCGCAUUCAUACUGGUAGGUACUCCAUGUAUUAUAACUGUACAGUCUGUACGUUUUGAUACCUAAGACCAUGAAUGAUAAGAGAAGUGUUCCAUGAUGCAGUCAGAGUCAAGCGUGAGAGUAACUCUUUAAUUUUAGUUUGGCUAUUUUGUUUUAUUUUACUUCGUUCACAAUGAUUCUAAGACAAUACACUCUUUUGUUUUCUUGCACUGAAGUUCCAACUGAGUGAUGAGUACUUUACUAUUUUUAAAGAGUAAGCCACAUUUGCAAUACCCUAGACUGCGGUCAAUCUCUCUUUUUCUUCAGGUGAGGGGAAUGCAUGCGUCAGUGAGCGUUGAGCGACGAAGGCGCGACACCACCUCCAGUCACGUGCGUGGUCGCGUCUCGCACGUUUCGCUUGACGGAAACGUGGUCGUAAAGGCGGAGUUAGAAAAAGGAGAGACUGUUCGAUCCUAGUCUAGGGAUACCCCCUUCAAUUUCCAAGCCACUCUAUUAUAAAAUCAACCUUGGCGCGGUUCCUGAAAGGCCGAUUAUUGCUAAUCCAGGAUUAAAAUUUGGUUUCGUUUUUGUUUUUUGUUCUUUCUUAUGCAUUGCUUGGAGUAACAUUUCGUGUUAUUAUUACUGUAUCUCGGAGUAAAGGCUGAACAGAUUUUGUAAGCUCGAGUUGCAUAUUAGUAAACAAGAAAGCCUUGCUUAAAAUGUGGCUCAAUCUUAAUGUCAAGUGGUUUAGAGUCAGAUAAGGAGUUCUAACGGAAAAAAUCUUUUUGUAACAAUCAUUGAAAACGUUGCAUUAUAGGCGAGAAGCCUUUCAAGUGUGACCAGUGUGACUUCGCCUGUAUCCAGUCAUUUGACCUGGUGAAGCAUAAGUUCACCCACAGUGGUGACAAGCCUUACAAGUGUGACGUCUGUCCGAAACAGUUUACACGACCAGCCAGGCUAAGAGAUCACAUGAGGACCCACACUGGGGAAAAGCCUUUUAUAUGUGAUGUGUGUGGUAAAGGUUUUGCUAUUCAGACUGGACUCAAGUCCCAUCAGGCAAGUCCGGUUGUUUAAAGGCAAACGACGUUGGAGUAUAUAAAUUUUGUACAAUACGUUGUGAGAUGGAACUUUAGAAUGAUUAAGCUGUACUUAGGCUUUCUUAAAAGCUAACGCCCCUUGAUCUUGAAAAAGGACAGUUGUCAAGGAACAUCUUUUCAAAUUUAGCCGUCUUCAAUAGCGUAAAAAUUCAGGAGGAAAACCUGUCUGGGUAUUGCGGCUUUAGAUAAGGGAAGUUGUUUAAUCAGCUAGAAAAACUUGUUCCUGCAACUGAAAUCAAAAUGAUGCUUACUCAACACAUGCAUGUCUUUACAAGUUACCUGAUCAGAAUAGCCAGUUCCAACAGACGUACCCCCUACGUUUCCUUCAUUGCUACAUUUAAUGCUUGAAACGGGGCUAAUGCUAAUUCAGUUGCUGGCAUUAUUUGUUCUGCAGGCGGUGCAUACAGGGGACAAACCUUUUAAAUGUGUUGAGUGUGACAAGACAUUCCGUACUCAGCUUGAGCUGCAAUCUCACAUGGGACGACACACAGGAGUGAAACCAUUUAAAUGUGACAUCUGUGAGAAAGAGUUCAUAUCCACAAUAACCUUUAAGCGACAUGCCAUUGUGCAUUCUGGUAUGAUAUGCUCUUUUGCCUUUUAGUUCAUUUGGGUUUUAAGGUGCGAAUAUCCAGUCCACAGGCGUUGUCCUUUUUUUUUUCAACAACUUGACAGUUUAAGUUUUCCUGCGAGAGCGACGCGAAAACCGCGAGAAAAAAAGGAAGGAACCAUUUUCUCUUUUCGCCACCUCACCCCAUACUCGCACUUGACGUUCUCUAAAGAGAAAACAGAGGAUCUGUGAACAGGAAUGCCGCAAAUCACUUCUCUCUACAGUAAACGUCGACUUUUGACUUUUAGUUGCUGUACUUGGGAAAACAAAACGACAAUAAAAAGUCGUAGGAAGUUAAAGUAGGAAACGAAAACUAGCGAUACGCUUGUGGCAGAGGUUUCGUAUCGUUGUGAAAACCAUGUUAUUAAUAUUUCCUCUAGUUUCAAAUUGUUUUAGUCAUGUAAAAUCAGUAGGACUUAUCACUCUUCUUGCAGGCUACAGUUGUAUUUUGUUAUUGGGUGUGCCAUCGUCGAUGGACAAAGGGCGACACUCGUUUUAUUCCAUCUCCUAACUGGUGUGAGAGGAAAAUAAUGUGUCAAAUACACCGAAAUGGAAAUAUCUUCGUAAAAGGUUAAGAAAUUAGCUUCAGCGUAUUGUGUACUUGCAGGAUGCGUUACUUUGCUUGUUUUUUUUUUUAGGAGAGAAGCCGUUUGAAUGUAAUGAAUGUGGCAGGCGCUUUGCACGCUCCACCGACCUCAAAGUCCAUAUGCCAGUACACAGCGAGGAUAAACCGUACAAGUGUGGAGAAUGUGAAAAAAUGUUCACGCGCUUUAGCACGCUUAAGGAGCAUAUAAGAACUCACACAGGUAAUAGACUGCGAAGAGUCUCUUAUUUUUCUUUAAUUUUCGCGCGAGGGGCGUUCGGCGAAGCCGCGAGUAACUAGGGCGGAGCCCCAGCUUGAGAAAAAGUCUCUCCUCCUUUUUAUCGUUAAUUUGCAUAAUUUUACUUUUUUGCGCGCCGCGCGUGACUUUGAGGAAAGGAGGACAGAUGUCUAUUUGUGCUAUGAAACGCGGUUGUCUUGAUUCAGUAGCUAAUUGCUUGAAAUCACCUUGGAUCCUACAGGAGAAAGACCUUUUAAAUGCGAAGAAUGUGGCCGUGAGUUCAACCACAGGAGCCACUUCAACAAUCAUCUGCGGAUCCAUACUGGCGAGAAACCCUUCAAGUGUGAGAUCUGUGAGAAGGACUUUUCUCGCAAGGCCUCUCUUCGGUAUCACAUGAAGGUACACAACAAGGGCGAGGGACGUGUAAGGAUCCGCAACAGUAAGAAGGGCCCAGAGGACCAAUCAGAUACCGAGAUUAUUGAUGAACAAGCUCAAGGAAGCGCGUCUGUGGACCAGGUAUUGCCUAGACAAAAAUAUUGCAAAGAAAUUUAUAAAUAAGGAGGUGUGUUGCAAAAGUAUCUAUAGCUAGCUUUUAAACUUCCUGUCGAAUUUUACAAAUGGGGUUCGCAUAAGUCACAAUUAUCGCGUUCUGUGUGGUGUAUACUUAUUGUAAUUUGAGUCAAACACUAGCAAUACCUUGGUUUAUGUGAACCAGACUCAAACGUAAGGAUGAUGUGAACUUCGGAAAUACAAAUUUUAAAUGAAGAUAUGAUCGUCGCAUUGGUAACUGCAAUUUAAAAUUUCGGGACUUCAACGGGAUUCGAACCCAUGGCCUCUGCGUUAGCGCAGCAGUGCUCUAUCAUUUGAGCUUAUGACGACCCAUACAUUGGGAGCAGGCCAUCUUAACCCGUGAAAGGAAAAAUCAUCAUAUGUUCAUUUAAAACAACUUCAAACAUUUAGUUGAAUAAUCCAUUUGGUUAGUUUUUAAACAAGGUGUUGUGCUGCGUUGGAGAGAUAGUAAGACAAAAUUUUGUUUCCAGCCGAUAUUAUGAAGUGAAUUGACCACCGCAACUUACUUCACACUCCAACGCUUCAAGCGUUAGCUCUUCCUUAUAGCGAAUCGACGGGUACUUUCCAGAAUCCCGGAACAGUACAUACUCUGUGUACCAGAGACUUUUCAUGCGCGGCGAAGACGUGUCGGCCUGCGGUCGACCCCGAAACAUUUCCGCCUCACUCGAUCGUCGCACGCGAGAACUCUGGUAGCCAGGGUAGGCGGGAACAGUUGAUUCUGAGGAGCUUAGCGGAUUGUAAUGGAGUGUCCUUUCUUCUUCUCUUCAGACUUUGUCGGAGCAGGCAAUCUCCACAGUGAAUAUAAGUCACUUGGGUAGUGAAGCUGACGUGCAGUUAGCCGAGGCACUGGUGGCUGUCAGUGAAGCUGUAGUAGCUGCUGCAGCAGAAGUGGACGAUACUCCCCGUGUGGUGGCUGUUGAAGAGACGACACACAGUGAUGAUGCUGUUAUGCAACAGGUUUGUUUUGUAGCAAUCCCUGUUGGGCCUACAAUAGUUCGCACCUAGGAUGCGAAUAUAAACAUUAGCUACAUACCCAGACAGCUAAUCAGAAGAUGAUUUUCUUUAACUAAAACGGUUUAUUACUGAGUCGGCGCACUGCUGUUUUCUGUGUGACCACCUCUCCAGCCACCACCUAUCACAACAACACAACUAUUUUUCUAGUCAAAGAACCACAGUUGGAACGUCUUGUAGCCCCCCUCCCUUCCCUCCCCUGUGGGGGGCCACCUAGUGUUGGCAAUUUCAGUGAUUCCUUUCGGAAGGGUCAACUGUAGUAUUUCGUCCGUUUAUGUAAUUUUCCACGAAACUUUCAUGCUUUUAUACGGUCAGUGUAGGUUACAGAUAAAAGAGAAACAAAGUUUAUUCGAGAGUGUCACUUUUCAAGAUUUCCUUGUUUUGAAAAUUAUUGAUACGUAAAAGUACCAUGAGAUUCAGAACCUCAAACGUGGCGCGCAGUUUCGCUUUCAUUUAUGUACAUGAAAUGUGUCUUUAAUGCCCCUCUUAGUCAGGAGAGUUGAAAUAGUAUGUCAACACCGCCAAAACUAACCUGGAAUUUAUCCUGUUUCCUGUAACAGAAGGAACACGUAUUUAUAUCAAAUAACGGGCAUUGUUGGUUAGGCAGGCAGCAACAACUUUAUUGCACUUGAAAAUGUUUUCAAGUAAUAAAUUGAAGUAAACUGAAGAGGGAAAAGGAAAUAUUUCACGCAACUCGCAGUUAGCCUAUGCUAAUCGGGGCGGGAGGUGAAGUGGACUACAAGGGGAAAAAAUAAGAAAAACUAGCCAUAAUAAUAAUUUUACAAAGAGAACAAAAUUUAAUACCCUGCGCGGCCUAAUUAUCUGCUAAGAAUAGUUAAACUUCUUAAAUACGUUACAUCUAUUUUGAAGAGCCUGGGUGUUGUCUUUAAUCUUUGUGAGCCACGCAUACUUCGGAAUAUUGUUUGCUUUUCCCAUCUACUUUUAGUUUUUGUUCGGCUAUGUCCACUGCUCAACUCUACGUUUAUGAAUAAAUUGUUUUGCUCUGUUUUCUUUACAGCACCUACCAGACGCCCAUACGGUCAGGGCCUCCAUGCUGGUAGACCCCGUGACACAAGCUGCAGUCAGUGCAGGGAUCUCAGCCAGUGAUGUGGGUGAGACAGUCGUAAGUACCACCAUGUCACAGGUGGUGGAUAUACCUAGCUCUGGCGGCGAGGUUUCUGUUGGAGACACUAUCAACAUCCCACACGGUCAAGUUCAGAUCAUGGAAGUAGCAGAUGGGACUGCUGGUGGCGAUGUACAGGUGUCCAUAAGCGAGGCCAUGCAGACAGGCCACGUGACAGUAGAAGCAUCUGACACUCUUGGGAUCACCGUGCCGGCGGAGAUCUUAGCCGCUAUGGCGGCUGCACAGUCACAUCCCCAUCUCUUAAUAGCCACUGCUGACCAACAGCUCAUGCAGGCUCAAGUCAAUGUUGCCACUGAUCAGCAAGUAUUGGAGGCUCAAGCAGCUAAUAGCACUAUCCAGGCCACAGAAGGUGCUAGUCAUACUUCGGAGGCUGCCACCCAACCGGGUGGUGAAGUGGAGGCCAGUGUUCCUGCCGAGCAGCUGGAACAACCCAUGGAAACUGAUUAGUUUUGUUAAUGAUUUUUACUUAUUUCUUUUUCUCGGCGAGUUGGACAUAUUGUUAUUGUAAGGGCCUAUUUUUUUCAUAUCAGAAAUUACUCGAAAAGGCACAG